GUAAAUAGUGGUGAUGUCAUGCGGGCAAGAUGGCGGAAGGGGAGGACGUGGGAUGGUGGCGGAGCUGGCUGCAGCAGAGCUACCAGGCAGUCAAGGAGAAGUCCUCCGAAGCCUUGGAGUUCAUGAAGCGGGACCUGACAGAGUUCACCCAGGUGGUGCAGCACGACACAGCCUGCACCAUUGCAGCCACUGCCAGCGUGGUCAAGGAGAAGCUGGCUACUGAAGGCUCCUCGGGAGCAACGGAAAAAAUGAAGAAAGGGCUCUCUGACUUCCUAGGGGUGAUCUCCGACACCUUUGCACCCUCACCAGACAAAACCAUCGACUGCGAUGUCAUCACCUUGAUGGGCACACCCUCUGGCACGGCUGAGCCCUAUGAUGGCACCAAGGUAUUCACUAGCGGCACUGGGCUCUAGCUUCCAACCUGAGCU